CGUAGGACAGAAAACCCGGUGUUAAACCUGAAGUCACCCUGCACAGGCCUUGGGUCAACUGGAGUCAUCGAGGUUGGAUUUAAAUGUUUGCUAUCGAUGACUGGAUCAGCUCAUUAUGAGACAGGUCUGAAAUCUUAAGACUGCCGGUCUCCGAUUGCAGAAGGAGCUCUUGUUCAUUUCCGAUGUUCAAACUGGCCAAGAACUGAGCAUCUUCACUGUACAAAGGAGAAAAGCCUCGGAGCGACUUUAAUGUGGAUUUCUUUUCUUGGCAGACUUUUGGAUAUUUCGCAUCACGUUUUUACAUUUCUGCAGUUUCAGAAGUGGAUAGGAGAAAAGUGUGUGUGUGUGUGUUUUUGUGUGUUUUGAAGUGAAUGAACAGUGUGUUUGGUGUGAGUGAAAGUGGCAGCUUGAAGGCCUGUGUGUGUGUGUGUGUGUGUGUGUGUGUGUGUGUGUGUGUGUGUGUGUUGAUCCACUGUAGCAGCAUGUUGCCCACUGUGAAGAAGGACCGGAUUAUUACUCAACUCCCAAAGUGUUUUAGUCCAAAUGCAGCGCUGCACACCAAGGAUGGCUUCCACCCGCAGGUCCAGGCUGUUUGUCAGGUGCAGAGGGCAGGCACGCUGAGCUUUAAUAUUGCCAAGGUCAUUGUGGUGGGAGACGUUGCGGUUGGAAAAACGUGUCUGAUCAGCAGUUUCUGCAAGCGUGAUUUUGAGAAGAACUACAAAGCGACCAUAGGGGUGGACUUUGAGAUGGAGCGCUUCGAGGUCCUCGGCGUCCCCUUCAGUUUGCAGCUGUGGGACACGGCAGGUCAGGAGCGGUUCAAGUGCAUCGCGUCCACCUACUACAGAGGAGCGCAGGCCAUUAUCGUGGUGUUCGACUUGAGCAGCGUGAGCUCAUUAGCACACGCCAGGCAGUGGCUUGAGGACGCUAUGAGGGACAAUGAUCCAUCCAGUGUUUUACUGUUCCUCGUCGGCACCAAGAAGGACCUCAGUGCUCCUGAUCAGCUGGCUCACAUUGAGCAGGAAGCCAUGAGACUCUCGGAGGAAAUCAAAGCAGAGUACUGGGCUGUGUCGGCAAAGUCAGGCGACGGCAUCAGGGAUUUCUUCUUCCGCGUGGCCUCUCUGACCUUCGAGGCCAACGUUCUGUCCGAGCUGGAGAAACAGGAGUCGAGGAACUUCGGGGACAUCAUCAGGAUCACAGACAGCACAGAGGCCAAUCACAAUCCAGCCAAGAGGAAACCCAACUGCUGCUGAUGGGAGAACGACAAACGACUCGGACACGGCGACACACGACGGCACACUGAACAUGAGCGGGAGACUGAAAAUGUGGGUUCAGCAACGGCCAGUGUAGACAUCAUGGACGGAUCCCACAGAACUGCACAGUCGCCGUCGACUAGAUUGUGUUUCGGUUGAGGCGUCUGCUGCGGAAGGCCUGAGAGGGGAUUAGCCAUGAUGAUCCCAAUUGUAGGUUUGACAUGAUGAAUUGUAAUGUUGAGGCUGUAAACAAGCAGAAGGCAGGUCAGCUGAAGGACCAGAACAGUGUCCACAGUGUCCACUCAGGAAUGUUUCUACUGUUUGGCGAGAGCUGGGACAAAUAAAAGUUUUGUGAUGCUUUUGGUUACAUGAAGUAUUUAGCAAAAGAGGAAGGUUACUCUCCCCAAGAUCUUCUUUUAUUAAACUGCAUUUGGUCGGUGCUUUCAUAAA